AUGGAUAAAGUUUUUGAAAUUCAGAAACAAGCUCGAAAUAAUGUUAAAGAUUUGCAAACUUACAUGACAGACUUGCAGAAUUGGGAAGCAGAAAUGAAAAGAAAAGAGGCUGCUUUGAACGGUGCUUUCGAACAGGACCUGCCCCCAGUUCGGAGCAAGGUAAAGAAAGAAAAGCCAGUAGUUCCUCAGAAGAAACCUGAGAGGAAGAUCAGAGGUUCUGAUUAUUCAGCAUGGGACAAAUAUGAUGUUGAUAAAGCCUGUGAGGACAUAGACAUGGAAGACGUCGGCCCGACUUCUUUAGAUGGCAAGAAGAGUCAGCAAGCCAAGCUGGAGAAACUCAAGGAGGAAGCUCAGUAUGAGAAGGAGAGGGGCAACACAUUUGUGAAGCAAGAAAAAUGGGACGAGGCGAUAUCCUGCUACAACAGAGCUAUAGAACUGGUGAAAGAUGACGCCAUUUACUUUGCUAACCGAGGACUGUGUUAUUUGAAGAAAGACAGUCUUCACCAAGCUGAAUCAGACUGUACAGAGGCUUUGCGUCUCGACCCUACCUAUGUCAAAGCUUUACAAAGAAGAGCUACUGCCCGGGAGCGGCUCGGCUCACUCCGGUCUGCGUCACAUGAUCUCACGGAAGUGCUCAAGUUAGAACCACAUAAUGCUGCAGCUAGGAAACAAUUAGAAGCUAUCAAAACUAGAAUGGGGACUAAAGGGGCUAAAUCAAAAUCGUCACCAGUAUCGACGCCUACGUCUGAGAACAAACCAAUAGUUAAACCUAAAAUACAACCAAAGAUAGUAGAACUACCAUCAGAGCCGCCCGUGGCUGGCCAGCUCAUUGCAGAUGACUGGAGAAGUGGAGUCGGAGAGAACAUCAUGGUCAUCAGACCUGUAAAGAAGCCUCCACAUUUGAGAUCUAAGAGACCGCUAAAGUCCAUACCAAUCCAAGAAGUAUUACUAGGAGAGACAACGCCAGAGAAACCACCGACGCGGUUGAAAAUUGUGGACGUUGAAGACAACCUGUCCCAGGGAGAUUCGAAUAAUAAUGACUCCAAUAAGAAGGACUCUCAUGGGAAGACAGAUGUCUAUGGUGAAGGGGACAAGAAGGUUGCUAGUCCGGAGUCAGUGAAGCUGGUCUCCGAUGCAAUGGUUACAGAGAAAGUCAAGAAUUUCGUACCACCUGUCAAUAGUGUUCAGUUCAUGUCGGAGUGGAAGUAUAUGAAGGGGCAGUGGGAUGCCAUGGCUGAAUAUUGGAAUCUAAUAGAACCAUCAAAGAUCCCGUCCAUAUUCGCGAACGCGCUGGAGAGCUCCGUGGUAUCGGACGUCAUACAAGUGCUACACUCCCGUCGAGACAAGUUCCGCGGCCGCACUGCUGCAUACCUCGCCGGUAUCGCCAACGUACCACGGUUCUCAGCCCUCGCCAUGUUCCUCUCACAUACGGACAAACAGAUGUUAACAACUCUUCUCGAGGAUUGUAAGCAGUCUGAAAACUGUACCGACGAAGUGAUAGCUGAUUUAAAGAACAAAUAUGAACUCUGA